AUGUCCUCUCCUUCGAUACAAGCGCUCUCGCAGGAGGUCGUGAACCGCAUCGCCGCGGGCGAGGUGAUCCACCGGCCCUCCAGCGCGCUCAAGGAGCUGCUCGAGAACUCCCUCGACGCCGGCUCCACCUCGAUUUCGGUCACCUCCAAGGCGGGCGGGCUCAAGCUGCUGCAGAUCAGCGACAACGGGCACGGCAUCCACCGCGCCGACUUCCCGCGCGUAUGCGAGCGCUUUGCCACCUCAAAGCUGCGCGAGUACGAGGACCUGUCGCAGAUCGAGACCUUCGGCUUCCGCGGCGAGGCGCUCGCCUCGAUCUCGCACGUCGCGCACGUCUCCGUCACCUCCAUGACAGCCGACGCGGCGUGCGAGCCCGCCGAGCCGCGUCCCUGCGCCGGCACGCGCGGCACCACGAAUCCGGUGGAGGACAUGUUUUACAACGUGCCGAUUCGGCGCGCCCCAAUAAAGGGGCCGGCAAAAAGAGAGCAUGCGGCCACGCCAACCACGGAGGGUGCCAAGCGGCGGCGUGGCGCAGACGAUGGUGCGGAGGCUGCCGUCGGUGCCGUCGGUGGCGGCAGUGGCGGCGGUGGCGGCGGUGGCGGCGGUGGCUGCGGUGCCGGCGGCGGCAGCGGCAGCGAGGAGGGCGGCGAGCAGGGCACGCUGCUCUGCGUCGCGCCGUCGGUCUGCGGCGGAGUGCGGCUGGGCGGCGAGGGGGCGGCCGACGCAACGCGGGCUUGGGUGCCUUGCGAGCUCACCUCGAUACACACGCUGCUGCGCAGAGUGACGCAGGGCCGCCGCACGCCGCGUCGCCGGUCGCACCGCGGGCUGGCGGCGCUCUUCCGGCAGCACGUCUUCAUCGGCGUGGUGGACGCCGCCUACGUGCUGCUGCAGCACCAGACGAAGCUCUACGUCGCGGCCAUGCUGGAGGAGUACCUCUCCAUCGUCAUCCGCGACGGUGCCUUGGUCGCGCUCCCGCAGCUCAUCGAGGGGUACGCGCCGCCGCUCAACGCGCUGCCGCUCUUCACGCUCCGCCUCGCCUCGCACGUCGACUGGCUCGAUCGAGUUGGCGCGGUCGAGGAGGCCGAGUCGGAGGCGGCCGCCACGCCGGCGGCGGGGGAGGCGGCGCGGACGCCCGCCUGGACAGUGCAGCACGUUCUGCUGCCGAGCAUCCGGCGGAGCUACGAGCCGCCGGCGGCGCAGUCGACCGACCACACCGUGGUCCAGGUGGCGUGUACGGAGCAGCUCUAUCGCAUCUUCGAGCGCUGCUGACUUCCGUGACGCGCGAGAGAAGUUCCCGCGGCUCGCAAACUGCGUCCGCGUGGUGUUUCUGACGCUCGGCGUGCUGGGCGACGAGCGGGCGGCGGGCGCGACGACGGCGCGUUCCUACACAUCCCUCGCUGGCGACUUACGGUGGUAUAUACAGCGUAUCGCGGCCGAGCGAUCCAACAUCCAUAUUGCAAUACGUGUAACUCUCA